GCCAGCAGCUCGGACUCGGUCUCUGGUGAAAAGGUCUGUAAGUCGUCGUUUUUUUGCGAGAUUUGUUGUCAGGAGGAAAGCGAUUUCAAGGCACCGUGUGAACAGGAGGCGACUUCCAGGAAACGACCUCCCACCUACCUCCUAUUACGCGAGGGCGAGACUUGUGCUGUUUUAACGGACCAAACUACUGCAACAGUGCAUGUGUACGAACAGUUGCGUAGGCCAGAUUCUUCCAAAGGCGGCAAAGGAGCAGGUAAAGGCAAAGGGCCUAAUGCAGUUCCAUCCCGUGAUGAGAUCGAUUUCGCUCGAGCCGUGCCGCUUGGACAAAAGAAAGUUCCGCUUUCUGGGUCAGUGCAUGGCGACCGGAGACCUAAUAUGUCGCAUAUUUUGUCUCGCCAAUGGCUACGCCUAGACGCGCCAGCUAUACGCCCAGGUCGUU